UUUGCUGACUCAACGUGUAAUUAUCACAGGUGAAAGCGUGGCAAGGGACCUCCGGUACAGUUGUUAAUGCUUCACGACGGAAGUAAACUGCGUCAUUUCCUGUGAUAUCAUCGAAUUUUAUGAGGCAGUAAGAAGCCAUUAUGUAUGAUUUCUGUGCGGGGAGACUGGGUUGAGCUUUAACCUUUUAGGCAAAACAAAAUUGCACCUUUGCUGUACACCUUGUUUCACAAGUGUUUCCACGCGACCUGGAACUAUUCCAUUCUUAUCCAAUUCUCUCUGUUUUUGUCAACAAUGCAAUAAUUAAUUACUACCAUACAUUGGAACUUUCUUAGUCCUUCGUUUUCGGGGUUGUAAGGAGAUUCAUUCUCGCUCCCUAAUCAAGUGAGCAGAGUCUGGCAAUAAGUUUAAGACGUUAAUAUUUGAACUGUGAACUUAUUUUUUGUUCAGUGGAUUCUAAAUCUUAUACAGUUUAACGUUACUGUCAGGACUUUGUCUGCAUUCAAAGAUUCAAUUUACCAUGGCAACAGCCAAGCAGGUUGACACGUGCUUUCGAGCUGAGUACGGUAACCACGGCAGACGUUGUCCUUUUCGGGUCGAUAUCGGUUUAUUAUUUCUUGUUGAUGAAUUUCAGUCGUGUUCUUUACAGUGUUUUCGGCGUAAGAUAUGUGGAAACAAAACCUUUUUACGUUUGCACUGUAUGGAGUCAUCUUGUUCAAUGCUGCUACAGUGCUAAAGCACAUUUACUAUAGGCACACUUCAUUGUCAAGUACAUGCAGAAGGUCGGACACCAAUUUUGGGCUGCCUGACGCCCAGUCUCCGUCAGUGAUUCUAUCGCGUCAUUGUGGCAAAAGAUUGUUGGAUGGCGUGGACACAAGCCGAGGACUUGCUCUUGGGAAGCAAAGAGAACAGAAAGUUUACCUCAGUAUCGGCAUUGUGAGUACAGAAGGUGAAGAAGAAAAUCUGAUGCAAGCUCUUCAUUCCUUGACAAGACACAUCUCAUCCGCGGAGUACCCAGAAGUUGUUAUUGUCGUGGUUUUGGAGGAAGAUCAAAACGCAGCUGCUAUACAAGAGAUAACAGGAGGUUUUCAAAACGAACUCGAUAGGGGCCUCAUCCAGGUUAUCUACCCCACGGAGGACUUCCUGAGGGAAGUCAACAGGGAGCCUCUGGGAUGGAGAAGUGUGACGUCAGCUACUGACAUUUUCAAGAAGAAUACAACGGAUUUCAAUAAGAGGAUGUGUUUUCUUUUCGAAUAUUGCUAUCGAAUGUCCAAACACUACCUUCAUCUGACCGAUCACGCCCGUGCUAUCAAGCCGUAUUUCUCAGUCAUCAAACAAAUGAUUCAUAAUUUCGAAGAGAAAAACAUUUCUUUGUACGCACAUGAUAUAGGGGAGAAUUUCCUACCGGGUCUUGGACGGUUACAUUCCGCGGCAAUGCUUGAUGAUCUGUCUGAAUAUGGCGCCCUUUCUCCCGCAGGUCGUCUGCCUUCCGAAAUAUUGGACGUAUACACACUUCUUAGAGGGACUGCAACAGUGACUCACCUGGACGAUUUUGAACAGAUUUUGUUUAAAAUGGGAACUCGACUUCGCGGUGUAAAACCUGAAGUUGAAUUUAAGUCGAAGGGCUUAAUGUUUGAAGGGGGGCAUGAACUGGAAAAAGCUUUCUACGAGAACGAAGGUUUCGCUUGGCUCAAAACGCCAAAAGCAGGUGAUGGCUUUAUCAUGGAGUUCAAAGAACCUCUCAAGGUGUCACGUGUGUUCAUAACCACAGGCAGCCCACUGUAUAGAGAUUCACUCACUGAAGCGGCUCUGAUGGUGUGCGGAACAAACACAGAAACGAACACUUGUGACCAAUCACAGUGCACGAAAAUCGGCCAAUUUCUAGAUCCCAUUUUGGACGCAAAAAACUUGGAAAAUGUUGUAAACUUUCCUGCAAAGUGCUUGAAAAUGGAAAUACUUUCAGAAGUAAAACAUUGGGUGAUCAUUCGGGAGAUCUCAAUAUGGCCAAAAAAAUAAUGAAAUGAUAGAAGUUUGAUAGGUUAACUAUGAGUGGGAAGAAUAAAUGUGUUUAGCUUUAUUAUAGUUUUUAUUUUUAUUUUUAUUUAUCAUUUUUUUUAACAAUGCAAAGAGUUAACCUUUGCACACGUGAUGUUACAGUCGACAAUAUUGUAACAUUAUUAUACGCAAACCUUAUGUGUAAAAAAUUAGAAAGUGGAACGCCAAACCUAAGUAAUACAAUUCGAAGAGAUAUUCUUUUUAGAGUUGCUUGAUUGACAUGAUUAAUUACAUCUCUUUUUUUUUCUUUUUGCUACUGAUUUUUUUUUCAUAAAUUUUAACCAUUUUUUGAAAAAUGUAUACUUAAGUUUCAAUUUAUUCUUUGUUUUUUUGUGUGUGUUUUGAAUAACACACGGAAUUGUCAGUCUCUUAAAACGUUUCCCCGCUGUUUCAUAAACUUUAGAAUUCUCACGCCCGUCAGCAUAUUUUUAAGGAUGUCUUUUAUUGGUACAGCCUCAAUUUAGUCCUUAGACGAGUUGUUUUCUGAGAUUCCCGCAAAAAAUGAAAAUUGCAAAAUAAUAAUCCAAGGAUGAAAGUCUUUCUUGGUAUCAAACA